AUGCCCAAAUGUGGGGUAUGCUUCAGUAAGGCGGUGAUCGCAUGCGAUUUGGCUAUCCAGCUUGCACCCACUGCUAUGGCUGGCUUGGCUCUGAUACUUACUGAGGCUCUAUCUCGUAUGCAGUCUAAUGCAGUACGCGCAAUACCAAUCAUGGAGUUACUGUCUGACUCUGCAGAGAUUCCUGAGUUCCACAAGUUCUUUCAGGAGAAACAUUUUCGUUCCAUAGUGGAUACAUUGGCUCCUUAUACCAAUGUCCACAAAUUUAAUACAUUCAUAGUGGCGUCGAUACAUCGUGUCAUGAUGCGGUGGUUUUGUCGCGUUCCAGACAAAAUGCGCUAUCGAAUUCAGAGUCAUAUUGAGGAUUCUGUGCGUAUGUCUCCAUAUCUGUCAUUUCCUGACAUCGCUUCAGGUGGAGGUCGGCAACUAAGUGGCGAUGGACGUCAG